UGAAGUUUGAACCAUUUAUUUUUAUAUACACACACAGAGACUGUUGUUUCUCUAUACUUAUAGGGAUCGAAGGAUUCUGUUUUCAUGUUCUUUUUUUCUUGAUGUUUUCUCGGGAAACAAACAGAAGAUAACUGGACACUUUGUGUUUUGCCAGUUUUUUUGUUUGUCUAUUAUUUUCAACUCUGAAGUUACGAAUAUAUUUUAUCUAGUAUAUUAAUGAAAAGUACUAGACUUCUUUCUUUUGUUGUCAAUAAACAUUAAUUAUAGUGAUAAUACAAUUAUAAAUUUAAAAUGGUUUGAGUCGAGGUUAUUAGUUGAGGGCGCUUAACUAGACUGAGUGCUUGAAGGAUUAUGCUGAGUUGUCAAACUUGGCGUUUUGCUAAGCGUUGUUAUCAACUACCCGCGAUUACAUAAGCGAAAGCACCAUGACGAACUGCAACACUGUUGAUACAAACACGCUCCAAAUUGUGUAUCAUUAAGUUGACUGUUAGUAUGAUAGGCGCUUUAAUGACUAGUCUGAAAAUGUUGCGUGAAAAGUAUUAUAAUAAUAAAUUUUGUGCAUUAGUCAAAAUCUAUUUUGUCUUAGGAAGCAAUUUCUCCUUAGAAACUGAUGCCAGUGAGUGACCCCUUUUUCUCCUUUGUAUUGAGAUUGUUUUUCUUGCUUAGAAAUCUCCCAGAAAUGUUACGGAUGGGGAGCAUUACCAAUGUCCAUGUAAAUUUAGUCGUUGACUUAGUGCCUGGAAAGCUGAUUCGUCUUAUCUAUUUUAUUGUUGAUUGGACUAAUAUGUAUCAUGUUGUCUGGAGAAUAAUGAAUUGGUUUCAAAAAGGGUGUUUGAUAGGAAGAUGCAUGUGAAUUUUGCUCCUAAUGUUACAAAGCUACAACGCAUCUGGCUUUAUAUAUAAAAGUUUUUAAGGACUGCUAAUAAUAAACUCUCAGAAGUGAAACAUUAUUAUUUUGUGAUUGUGCCUUUCCUUGUUCCCCUUCGUUCUGCAAAGACUCAGUAAUGUUGGCUGUACAUUUGCUUUCGGGACAAGUUUUACAGUACACAAUUGAAAAAUGGUUGAAUUUGGGAAAAAGCUGAAGGAAAGACAAAUUCAAGAAUGGCAAAGAUACUACAUAAACUACAAAUUAAUGAAGAAGAAAGUAAAACAAUAUGGUCAACAGAUUGAAGUUGGAACUCAAGAUCGCCAUCAUGUUCUGAAAGAUUUCUCAAGAAUGCUAGAUAAUCAGAUUGAGAAGAUUGUUCUUUUUAUAUUGGAACAACAAGGUCUCCUUGCUAGCAGGUUAGCCAGGCUUGGGGAACAACAUGAUGCUCUUCAAGAGCAGCAAGAUAUAUCUAAAAUAAUUGAACUACGUGAGGCUUAUCGAGAAGUGGGACAUGACCUUUUGAAGCUUCUCUAUUUUGUUGAGAUAAAUGCCAUUGGUCUGCGCAAGAUACUGAAAAAGUUUGAUAAACGCUUUGGUUAUAGAUUCACUAAUUACUAUGUCAAAACUCGUGCUAAUCAUCCUUAUUCCCAGCUGCAGCAAGUGUUUAAGCAUGUGGGAUUAGGAGCUGUUGUGGGAGCCAUAUCUCGAAAUCUUCAUGAACUUCAAGAUCGACAGGGAAGCCACUUAUCCAUUUAUGAUCAGCCUGUUCAGCCACUCCAGGAUCCUUUUGUUGACUCAAUAAAAGCAGCGGUAGAUAGAUUAAGUCACUCUACAAAUUUCCUCAAUUUUUUGGCUCAACAUGCUCUCAUUAUGCAAGAAGAGCUACCUACUCCAGUCGAGGAACAUGUUGAUGAUCAGAGAUAUCAUUUCAUGUCACUUCUCUUGAACUUGGUAAACACAUUUCUUUAUAUGGUCAAUACAUAUAUUAUUGUCCCUACAGCAGAUGACUAUGCUCUGAGCCUUGGAGCUGCUGCAACGGUUUGUGGUGUUGUUAUUGGGGCAAUGGCUGUUGCACAGGUGUUUUCCUCUGUGUAUUUUAGUGCAUGGUCAAACAAAUCAUACUUCAAACCUCUUGUAUUUAGUAGUAUUGUUCUUUUCAUUGGAAAUGUUUUGUAUGCAUUGGCCUAUGAUCUUGAGUCGAUAGUGGUUCUCUUAAUCGGCCGCCUUUUCUGUGGAUUUGGAUCUGCAAGAGCUGUUAACCGGCGUUAUAUCAGUGAUUGUGUACCAUUAAAAUUCCGCAUGCAGGCAUCGGCAGGUUUUGUUAGUGCCAGUGCACUUGGAAUGGCUUGUGGUCCUGCUCUUGCUGGAGUACUUCAAACUAAUUUUAAGAUUUACAAGCUUACUUUUAAUCAAGACACUUUACCUGGAUGGGUUAUGGCCUUGGCCUGGUUUAUAUAUUUAAUAUGGUUGUGCAUCUCAUUUAAAGAACCUUCUCAUGAUAUUGAAGAGAAUGAUAGACCGGAUGAAUCAAAUGCAGAACCAGUAGAAAAUGAUCAACUUGAGAAAGGUCUUAAGCAGCCAUUGCUCAUAACUUCUGGAGACAAUCACGAAGAUGAUGAUGUUGACGCAGAAUGUGAUGGAAGUGAUGAAGUUCCUGAGGAAUCUCAUUUACCAGCCAAUUCAAUUAAAUCAGCAUAUAGACUACUUACACCCUCUGUUAAGGUUCAAUUGUUGAUAUAUUUUAUGCUGAAAUACGUAAUGGAGGUUUUACUCUCUGAAUCUAGUGUCAUCACCACAUACUAUUUUAAUUGGUCUACAAGCAGUGUGGCUAUUUUUCUGGCUUGUCUCGGCCUUACUGUUCUUCCAGUAAACAUUGUUGUUGGAAAUUAUAUAAGCAACAUAUUUGAAGACAGGCAAAUUUUAUUGGCAUCUGAAUUCAUGGUUUUAGUAGGCAUUAUCUUCAGCUUCCAUGUGAUAAUUCCAUACUCUGUGCCUCAAUAUGUCUGCUCAGGACUCAUCUUGUUUGUUUUUGCUGAAGUACUUGAAGGCGUGAACCUGGCACUUCUGUCUCGGGUGAUGUCUUCCAGGCUUUCACGUGGAACCUACAAUGGUGGGUUACUUUCAACAGAAGCUGGGACAAUUGCCAGAGUUAUCGCUGAUGGGACAAUAACCCUGGCUGGGUACUUGGGCGAGAGUAAGCUCUUAAACGUUACUCUAAUUCCUUCUCUUCUUAUUUGCGUAUCUUCCAUUAUUGCGACCUUCAUUACGUACAACUCUCUGUAUUGAUUCUUUCGUUUCCUGUUGCAUAAUUUUGUUGGUUAUUCAUUCUUGUAUAUUUUUCAACAACAGUGUCUCUUCAAAUGGAUUUAAACAACGGACGGGCCAAUUAAAGCCACUCGUCCGAAUAUCUGAAAAAUAAUUAAUAAAUAAAUACAAUAAUGUCGUAUCAAA